AAAGAUUUUGGCUAUUUAGAAAUUGCCCCCACUUGAGGGGUUCGCACUUCUCACCUGUGAAUCACACACAAUCAUAGUUAGCUGCUUCCUCCUUUCAACGAUUCCUUGUGAUUUCUCUCUCCGACUUUCAUUAAAGUUAGGAUCCAAAAGCCUUGGUCAAGACUCAUGUCGGUUCCUAAUGAGGAAGACUUGUCAACACAUUCUCAGCUUGCAUCUAAUUUUUUCCGGGAUCUCCUUGAUUCCAUUAUAGUUGAUGUGGCAUCAGAGUGUCACAGAGUAGCAAAGCUUGGGCUUGAUUCUAAUUUGGAAGAAGAUGAAGAAUUGAAGUUGUCAGCACAAGCCAGGGUUAGGGUGGCUGAUCCUAGUAAUAGUAAUGAAGCAAAUGCCAAGUACGUGGUUGAUAUAUUCGGACAAACACAUCCUCCUGUAGCAAAUGAAUUUUUUGAUUGCAUGAAUUGCGGUCGAUCUAUCAUGGCUGGGAGGUUUGCUCCUCAUUUGGAGAAGUGCAUGGGCAAGGGUAGGAAGGCUCGUUCUACAAGAAGCAGCACAGCAGCACAGAGCCGGCAUUCGAGAGGCAGUUCUGUUUCUACAUAUUCCCCAUAUUCAAGUUACUCUAGCAAUAGCAUGAACCGGUUGUCAAAUGGAAACUCCACUUUUGCAGGUGAGGAGCACUCAAACGGGACAUUCGAGCCAUGAACUAGUGAUGUGCAAUGGCUACUAUGGAAGAUUUAUAUCAGGAUGAACUUGGUUUUGCUGAGAGAUAGUGUCAUCGUGUGGUUGAAAAUAAUAUUUCUAGCAUUUUUUGGACCUAACAAUUACCAUUGCCUUGUACACAUGCCAUGAUGUUUGUCUACCUAUAUAAAAUAAUAUUGCCUUGUAUACAGUUUCUUUGUAAAAAAAAUUCUUUUAAUACAUUACU